UUCACCCCGAUGUAGCGCCGGACCGUGCUCCCAGCUCUGCGUUUAAAUCAUUCCGAGAAAAGUCGCAAAGGUGUGCUGAGAUCAGCUUCCUUUAAAGGCGGCUCGUUUAAGAGAACUACAUAUCCCACCUACGUGCAUGCCGCUGAGCGCUUCUCCAUACGCUGCAGGCUGCUGAAGGCAAAUCUAGACGGAGUAAUCAAACUCUGCUUCUAGUUUCAAACCUCGGGACCCCCUCCGGAAACCUGCAUGCUUGUGCCAACGCUUUGACAUGGGGAACGGCAUUAACAAGGUCCUGCCUGACCUAUACUUGGGAAAUUUCAAAGACGCCAGAGACAGGGAACAGCUGGCGAGGAACAACAUCACACACAUUCUGUCCAUCCAUGAUACCGCUGCACCCAUCUUACAGGAGAUGACCUAUCUCUGCAUCCCAGCUGCUGACCUGCCUACGCAAAACCUGGUACAGCAUUUUAAAGAGAGCAUCACAUUCAUGCAUGAGUCUCGGCUCAGGGGAGAGGGAUGUCUAGUACACUGUCUGGCGGGUGUGUCCCGCAGCGUCACGUUGGUGGUGGCCUACAUCAUGACGGUGACGGGCGUGGGCUGGGAGGAGGCACUGCAGGCCGUGCGGGUGGUGCGACCCUGUGCCGGGCCCAACCCGGGUUUCCAGAAGCAGCUGCAGGAGUUUGAGAGCACACAGGCCCAGGAGUUCCGAGAGUGGCUGAGGAAGAAGUACAAAGACUGGCCUUUCGACGAUGAAGAGCACAUACGUAACCUGCUGGCUCAGGCCUCUGCGCCCACCACAGCGCCACCCGGAGGAGUGAGGUCUGAGCGCAGGCCCCUGGACACGUGAGGAGAGCAAGAGGCCGAGCGGCCAGGCAACCCUUCCCUAAAUGCUCUGCCUCCACGUGGCUCCGCUCCGACCGUGACCGACUCUGUCGCCUCUGACAGGGCUGCUGUAUCCACUGGCAUCUCCACAGUUUUGUGACCGUAUCUUUUGUGUGAUAGGCUGGCACUGUUCUCUAACUUAUUGCCUUUUUGUAAAUAGACGACGCCAAUGUUUGCACUGGAGCAAUGUUGAACACACAUUUGUAUUUCAUUGUACACAGGAAUAAAAAUUUUUAUGUCAGUGUGAUAAAUGUGAUGUAUGCUGGUCUCUGGGUAAUAUGGACAUUGUAUUCGGGAUUUUUAUUAAAGACAUGAUUUGAAAAAA